GCAGCAAACGGGCUUUGUGGUGUAUCUCCCUCCAGCAGAAAGCAGUGAGUAGUGUAAAAAUACGAAAAGUUUUCGCUUGUGCUUGAAAAUUAGUUUAUUUGAAGUCAAAAAACGUAAUUUCGUGCUACGGAUGAAGUUUUCGUAUACGUUUUGUGGAUGAAGUUGCUGCUUUGAAUGAGAUCUUGGAGAAUAAAUUCAUACGGUUCAUCAUCGAAAGAGGCCAUCAUUGCUUGCUGCGCUUCUGGAACAAACGAGUCAAUAAACGGGAGUAAAGGAAAACAGAAAUAGGGAUUUAAUUUUUUCAAAAUCGAAGUGGGAUUUUCUAGCAGCGUUGGUUACAAUUUGGGCAAAAAGUCGUACACUGCCUAAAAUUUUAUACAAUAAAGACUAUCUGACGGAAAAGAAGCUUUCAUUGUUACUGAUCUAAGUACUUCGGUAGUGGCGUGGAACAUGGCGCAGAAUAUCAACCCGGAACGAGCUGCUUCCUCGAACCUAUCGAAACAGAAUGAUGAAACGCUAAUAAAUAACAAUAAUCAUGCAGUUAGCAAAAGACUCCAAAAAGAACUGAUGGCGUUGAUGAUGUCUUCAGAAAAAACCAUCUCGGCUUUCCCUGAAGGAGAGAAUUUUUUCAAAUGGAUCGGAACCAUAUGCGGCCCGGAGGAUACCGUCUACAAGGGUCAGAAGUAUAAACUGCUGCUGGAGUUUCCGAAUUCAUACCCAUACUCGGCCCCCAACGUAAAAUUUUUGACACCCUGCUUCCACCCCAACGUGGAUCUGAGCGGUUCAAUUUGCCUAGACAUCCUGAAGGACAAGUGGUCUGCCCUGUACGACGUGCGGACUAUUCUGCUCUCCAUUCAGUCGUUGCUAGGCGAGCCCAACAACGACAGCCCACUGAAUUCGCAAGCCUCUCAGUUGUGGCCCAAUCAAGCUGAAUAUAAAAAAUACUUGGAUGAUUUCUACGAGAAGCAUAAAGAGGUUUAAGCAAGUCGAAUCAAUAGCGGCUGGUGGGUUGAGAGAAUGCAAUGAUGCUUAUGAAUGAAUGCGUACGCGAAUUUGAAUCACACAAAUGGACACCCAACAAUACACAUUCAAGCCAGAAAAAUUACAAUUAAAUAUGCAGCAGGAGAGAUAAAUAUCGAAUUCUUGUGAGUUUGGUCAAAACAAAUAGUUGAAAUAUUUUGAUCAUGAUUGGAAUAUAUGCCAUGUGGAAUGGUUGUUGUGACCCACUGUGAGUAGACCACACCGAUUCACAGGCCAUUUUUAAGCCGAGGGAGUAGCCAACAGUUUCCAGAAGUUAAUUUUAAAUUGCGGAUAUAUUUAUUAACAGGAUAUCGAUCAAAGCGUUUAUUGUAUGGUUGAUUUAUGUACUACGAUCUGUUUAUUUUCGGUAUAAUUUAUUUUGACGGUAAACUGUCUUCUCAUUAAUGUGUAGAGCAACACUCAAGUAAGUCUAAAAUAUAUCGCGCUGAUACAUCCGGAAGCAUAAAUAGUUAGACGUACACAACACAACAAACUCAGCAGCAGACACGCAGCUGCGAUUGCCUUAGAUGAAUAUCUUCAAAUAAUUCCAAAGCAUACAAUUAACACGGUUUGUCAGCAACAUAGCAGAAAUGGAAUAAGGCAUGUUUGACACAUUACACCGCUAUAUACAUUCUGCUAUCUCUUAAAAAAAUCAUUUUCUAACAAACCAAACUAUCGCCUAGUAUAAUGUUUAGCUAAUAGCCAAGCGAAGGUGUUUUAUAUAGUAUUCAAUCAUCCGCUAGAAACGAUAUCGGACCUUUUUGUACUGUGUUUUUUAGAAAUUCGACGUCAACCACUAUAAUAGUUUAAAGACCUUUGCCUGAUAAAGUACAGUAACUCGUCAGCGCAACGAACAGCACGCAUUACAGCACUACUAGCCCAGAGAGUAUUCAGACUAUUUUGCACUUGGUAUUUUUCCCGUUUUUUUCUUUUGACUGUCCAUAUUUUUAUUAUAAAUAAUUUAGCAAGGCAAUUGGUAUCUGUAAACAUAAAUAAAUUACAA